UAACACUGAGAAGCAAGAGCAGCCCAGCAAGCCCAGAGGGAGUGAAAUUAGACUAAGAAUCAAAAGAUGAAUCUUGAUUCUGCUCAGAAACUAACUGAAGAGACACAGAUUUUUAGGACCCAACCAAGACAACCUUGUAAAUUAGCUGGAGGUAGCCAACCAGCUAGCUAUCUGUGUAAUUCAAAUCUCCCAUCUCAAAGUUUCUACCCAUAUUCAUCUCAUUACCCAUGUGUGUAUAUAAAUAACAGCAGUAACUGGGAAAUAUAUGAAGCAAUAAGAAUUCAGGAACUGGAAGAGGUCAAAGCUAGAGCUGCCCAAAUGGAGAAGACCAUGCGUUGGUGGUCAGAUUGUACUGCUGACUGGAGGGAGAAAUGGAGUAAAGUUAGAGCAGAAAGAAAUAAAGCCCGAGAAGAAGCAAGACAGUUGAGAAUCAAAUUAGAGAUGGUUGUGAAAGAGCUGAGUACACUGAAAAAGAUAAAUCAGGAUUUAGUGAGUGAGAAGGAGAAUUUGAAAAACAUCAUUUCUCGGAAAAAAGAAUCCAGUUGUUCAGAAAUGCUGUAUAUAAAAGAAGACCUAAAUCAGUUAAUAUCCUUGGAACAAGAAUCUGUGAAAGAUAUGAGCAAAACCAAGGAGAUUCCAGAAGACACAAUGAAGGAUGUGGAGGUAGUCAAAGAAGCUUUAAGAAGCAAUCAAAAUAAAAAAAUUACUCCAAAGCUUCCUGAUUCUUUUCCCAAAGGAGUUUCCAGGAUUGAUUUGGAGGAACCCCCCAAAAAGCUGGACAAUAUAGCUAAGACAUCGGAAAAUGAUUUAAUACAUGUUUCUGUCUUGCAUCUGCAUUUGGCUGAACUGCAGAAAAUCUUACAGAAGGAAAGAGAAAUGAAUGUGUUUCUGGAAAAAGAAGUGGAAAAGAUUGAAAAUGAUUUAUCUCUUUGGAAAUGGAAAUAUGAAGAACUAAAACAAUCCAGACAGGAAAGUCUGAAACAGAAUACAGAGAUAAAAGGAAGUGAACUCAGGAUUUGGGACCAGACAAAGUUCCUUGUAUGUUGCUGGAGACUCCACCAAGACAGUGAGUGAAGACGACAGAGAUUAUCUGAUCUCUACCAUGACAAGACAAACGGUAAUGAAAAGGAUCAAAGGAC